UGUAGCUGGAGGAGGACAGGCGGUGGGGAAACGUGUCUUCGCUGUAUUCGCGGCGCUGUCCGUUCAGGUAGAGGCCGUGCGUCUCUCUGCGCCCCGACUCACAUCAACGCGUCCCCGUAACCCAGUUUUCCGGAGCAGUGCGUAGUCAACCAGUAGUCAUGUCCACAUCAUCGUUACGCCGUCAGAUGAAGAACAUUGUCCACAACUUUUCUGAGGCAGAGAUCAAGGUGAGGGAGGCAACCUCUAAUGAUCCAUGGGGACCAUCCAGCUCUCUGAUGUCUGAUAUCUCAGACUUGACCUACAAUGUAGUAGCAUUCUCUGAGAUUAUGAGUAUGGUCUGGAAGCGCCUUAAUGACCAUGGCAAGAACUGGAGGCAUGUUUAUAAGGCCCUGAUGCUGCUGGACUACAUGGUAAAGACUGGCUCUGAUCGUGUGGCCCAACAGUGCCGGGAAAAUAUCUAUGUCAUCCAGACACUCAUGGACUUCCAGUACAUAGACAAAGAUGGCAAGGAUCAGGGAUUGAAUGUGAGAGAGAAAGCAAAACACCUAGUGACACUGCUGAAAGAUGAGGACAAACUACAAGAAGAGAGGACCCUUGCUCUCAAAACCAAAGAGAAGAUGGCCCAGACUACUAAUAUUGGCUCCUCAACUCCUACACUUGGCCUAGGAAGGGGAAGAUCAGGAGGGGAACUACUAGAAGGUGGGCUCUCACUGUUAAGCUCUCUCACCAAGAAUUCAGGAGGUGGGCUAAAGACAGAUCAGGAGUGGAAGAAGAACACUGAUGAGGAGGAUGUGCAGAUGAAAGCAAGAAGCAAAGAGGAAGUGGAACAGCCUUCCUUAACGGAGCAAGGAGCUGUUGACCCUUGGGUUGAGGCUGGGUCCACCACUGCUCCACCCACCAGCUGUGACCCCUGGGGAGGGGAUGGGAACCUCUCUGCUCCACCAAACACCUCUGAUCCCUGGGGUGGUGAUGGAAACCUCUCUGCUCCAUCCAACAUUUCUGACCCCUGGGGAGGUGAUGAGAAUACCACUGCUCCACCCAGCACCGCCGAUCCCUGGGGUGGGAAUGGGGCAUCUAAUGCGCCGUCUGCUAGUUCUGAUCCCUGGCAAGAUGGUGGAAUGUCCACUGCUGCACCCAACACCUCUGAUCCCUGGGGAGGGAAUGGGACAUCUAAUCCUCUGUCUGCUAGCUCUGAUCCCUGGAAAGAUGAUGGGAUGUCCACUGCUGCACCCACCAGCUCAGACCCCUGGGGAGGAAAUGUGACUUCCACAUCCCCACCUGUUACUUGUGACCCCUGGGGAGGGAAUAAUACUUCCACAUCUUCACCUGCUGCUUCUGACCCCUGGGGAGGGGAUGGGACAACCCCUGCUCUGCCCCCCAGCAAUGACCCCUGGGAAUCCACUAGUGACAUGGACCUCAGCAAAACCUCAGCAACUGACAUGCAAGGUGGAGACAAAGCACAGGGUUCUGCGCCCUUUGACAUGUCACCCCUAGGAACCGCUCUCCCAACCAAUAAAACACCAGAAUCAUUUCUUGGACCAAAUGCAGCACUGGUGGACCUGAGCUCUUUGUCCUCUGAGCAAAAAUCAAAACAGUCAUCCCCUCCUUCCAGUUCCACAUCUUCUGUAGCAAACCCCAUAAUGCAGCCACAGAGUAAGGAGGGAUAGGAGAAAGAAAACUGAGUGGAAAACUAAACAUGGUUACUGCAGCAGUGAUGUUGUUGUGUUCUGAUAUAGUCUAUUAUUUCCCUGUAUUCAAUUACUCUGUAAAUAAUCUGUAGUAAUGUUGACAUCAACACCACUGAUGAUUAUUCCUCUGCUUUUUCUAUAUUUUCUCUCUUUCAUUCCCUCUUACCCUGUUCCUUCCUAUUCACCUGUAUUUUUGGCACUUCUUUGCCUCAUGCAUGGCAUUUGCCGUAGGUAUCAAAAUACCAGCAUUAAUCUUUUUAAGAGAUGGCAACCAGCACUUCCCUUGAGCUAAUUAAUCUUGUCUAUAAUUUCAGUGCCACUUAAGCCACAUGCAGAGGAGAAGGAUGGACCCUCUUAACCAAGGGUUCAUGCCAGAGGAACACACCUUGGUUAAAAAGAACCCUCUUAACCAAGGUGUGUUCCUCUAGUAUGAAACUGAUACAUAGUGAUAACAUAAUAAGACAAAGGUUAUUCAUGCAGUACUCUAAGAAUGGAUCUGUGGAUGCCUUAUGGUUGGAUUCAUCUCAAGACUUUGUCAGGGGCUAUCAGUCUCAUAGGUACAGAAGUCUCAAAACAGUUCCAACUGAUGCUGAAUGGGAAUGAAUGGAGACCAGGUAAUGGAGCAAAGACUACCAAAAGCAUGAUCCUUCUUUGUUCAAAAGAAGCUAAUCACUAGCAUCCCAAACCUAAUGCAGCACUAUACAUAAAGACAAUGGAUGUGUUCAAUGUGCGUGCAGCUGUGUUUGUGUCGGGGAAAGAUGUUAAAUUUUUAACUUCCAUGUGAAUUUGGCUGUUUCUGGAACAGAAUUCAGAAAGAGUUAUACUAAGCUUAUCAAUUUGUACAUAAAUGUGAUUAUGUUGUCACUACUGUGUAUUCAUUCCUCAUAAGAGUUCAGAGAACAAUCAGCGAUGCUGUGAGAUUAAAAAUGGAUCCUGCUCUUUUAGGGAAAAGUAGAGAUAUCUGGAUGGUAUAGACUGUAGUCUACAGUGCAUUGGACUGAAGAAGUCACAGUAGCAUGUCUACCACUACUGGGUACAGACUAUUGACAGCUGAUAUGCUGUAAUUUAAAAAGUUAAAUAAAUUAUUUAUGUAAUUAAGUAUGUAUUACCUUUGUAGAGGUUUAAAAAAAAUCUUAUUGUAUGAAAAAGUUUAAAAGUCUGUGUGAAAUUAACUUCUAUUGUGUGUAUGUCAUUUGGGGUGCAAAUCUCUAUUUCCCUCUGUAAUUAAAAUUAUACAGGACAGGAGUCCAGGAGUGUUUGUUUUUCUUCCGUUUUAUUUCUUUUCUGCAGGAAUAACAGUGAAUUAGGUAUAAUAGACAAGAUUUAAUUGUCUUUAGUUUCUUCUUCUCCAAAAUAUAUAUUUCCACAUCCAUCUUAUGUAUUUUUCACAUUUGUU